GUGAAUGUUGGGUCUUUCAACGGGAGCGACAACGGGAAAGAGCAGCAGCAGUCACAGCGACUUUAUUUUCCCCCCGCACGUUGGUCAAGCAAGCUGCCGCCGCAGCGCUCCUUUGGCGGUGUAUCGCUAGCUCUUCUGCUUGGCAUUGCCAUCUUCUUCUUAUACUGCGCAACGCUCAUUGGCGGCCCCCUUUGGAAGCCCUCAAACUCGAGCAAGAUGUCUCAGCUCGCGGACAGUGCCGAUGCUCCAGCCACAGACGGCACCCUUGUGUUUGAUGCCGUGAGCCUUGAGCCCGGCUAUCAGUUCACCGUCCAACAGAAUGGCGAGAACCUCACCAUGCGAGCCUUGGCCGAAGCGCUUCGCAACCAACCGGCCGCGGCCCGCAGCUUCCAUGCACAGCUGGCUCACUACGCUCAGGCUGUGGGCGGGCCCAUUUUUUGGGAGAGCCGGCCUUGCACGGAUCCCGAAAGCAUCUAUGAGGCCGUCCUGUUGCCAGCCCCUGGCCUGACGGGCUGGGACCACCCGGAUCUACAUAGCUUUGACGCCCACUUUCGUGCAGCCAUCGCUCAACGCGAAUCAAAGCUCGCCACGAGAUUUCCCAAUCUCGAUGGGGCAUCCACCUUGGUCACCCCCAUUAUCCCCGACAAUUUUGUUGGAUCCCUCACUGACUAUUGCCAUUUGUCCAACUUCCUGCUCAGCCCAGCCAUCACUCCUGAACAAUACGAAGCCCUCUGGCACGAAGUCGGUACGGCCAUUCUUCAGUGGCCCAUGGACGAUAAUCAACCCCUCUACCUCUCCACCUCGGGUCUCGGCAUUGCCUACCUGCACGUGCGCUUGGACCCCGUGCCCAAGUAUUACACCUUUGAGCCCUACACUCGUCGGCCCAGCCGCAUCUAUUGA